AUGUCAGAGAAUAAGGACAUUCCCAUAUAUAGGAUAGCAUUACUAGGAGUUUCUAAAGUAGGAAAAACUCAAAUAGUCAAUUAGUUUGUUAACAACUGCUUUAAUCCAAAUCAUGAAGAAACAUUUUAGGAUACUAGGCCAUAUAGAAAGUUACUCAAUUUAGGUACUGAUAAGAACCCUAUGCACGUUUUAUUAAUUAUAGAAGAUAUAUUCGCCACCAAUCACCCAUAGAUUGAAGCAAGCAAUGGUAAGGAAGACAAUCCUGUUGAAAAAUUAUUUACUUCAAUAGUAGAUAAUGCUAUGAUGAAAGAUAAAAAGGAAGAAGAUAAAAAGUUAAAUAGAAUAUAUGCAAAUAAGCAAAUUUAUGGAUAUAUAUUUGUAUUUGAUGCAAGUGAAUCAAUCAACUCAGACAGCAACAAAUCCUUAAAAUUAUUGGAACCUGUAAUAAAAUUUAUUUCGAAUGCUGAAAGUAGAGGUGUAAAUGGCGAUUUUGUGACUAAAAAGAUAAUUGUAGGAAAUAAAAAAGAAUUGCUUUCAGAUAUAGAGCUUAGUUAGUUGAAGUAAAAUUAGACUUUGAGGGAAUUAGGUAUUACAUACAAGUUUGUUUCUGCUAAAUAUAAUGAAGAUAUCACCACUAUUUUUUAAGAAAUCUGCAAACAAAUAUAAGAAGAUCCUAAAAUUUAAACUCUUGAGGAGGAGUGGCAAAAAGAAAUUAAAGAAGGUGAUAAAGAAGAUGAGGGCAAACAAAGCUCUUUUAAAAUGGGUUUUGGUAAAAAGAAUCAACAAGACGAUGAUGACGACGAUGAAAACAGAGAUUCAUCAGGAGACAAAUCUACUUUAGAUAGUGAUUUUUCAUAAUUACCUAUUUAUUAACCCCAAGGGUUGCAGGGUUUAGAUACUAAUUGCAAUAUUUAUUGA